AUGGAGCAUGCCAGGGCGAUGUCGAGCUUGGUGAAUUUCACUGGCUGCCGCGGCGAUCGCCGCAAGGUUAGUUUGGACAGUCUGAUUUUUCGUCGCCCCGCGUUCUGCUGGAGGCGUGGUAGGAGAGUCCCGUCGAGAAAUGAGAAGGUGAAUGCAAAGCGUUUAGGAAGUCCCCGAAGAGCGGGGUCCACCGUGCUUCUUGUCGUACAGGGAAUGGGUGCUGCCGAGGUAGUGGAAAACGUCACCGUGGAGGGUGCUCCAUCGCGUGGGUUCAUCGUGUCGGAUGGAUUCCCAGAACCAUUUGGUGCCACUGUUCGUGAUGGCGGAGUAAAUUUCGCCAUCUUUUCUAGUGGGGCGACAUCAGCGUCCCUCUGCCUCUUCAGCUCCGAAGACCUGAAAGCGGUAAUUCUUAGUAUGAAUCUGAAUGCAAUUCUUGAUUUACUUUUUAGGAGACAGGAAACGAGAUGAUAAUUUCUAUAAAUCGAAAUCUGUGAAAUUUUACUCUGGAAGACAGCUAUUAGAUUUUCAUUUUUCCAUUUUGAGUUUUCUGUUAUUUUCCGGAUAUCCAAUGGGAAGGUCCCUGUAUUUAUUUGAUUUAAUUUAUUGUACAGAAUAAAGUGACUGAGCAGAUACCUCUUGACCCGGCAGUGAACAAGACUGGGCAUAUAUGGCAUAUAUUUCUGCAAGGGGAGUUCCAUAAUUUGCUCUAUGGCUACACGUUUGAUGGGCCCUUUUCUCCCAAAGACGGACAUUAUUUUGAUUCAUCUCUCGUUUUGCUGGACCCAUAUGCUAAGGUCUGUAAUCCAACCCAUUUUAAUUUACUUAGGCAUCAUAAUAAUGCACUUGGAUCGUACUACGGAAGAAAUCAGCUUCAUUAUAUGGUUUAUUUCUCUCACAGUCGGCUUUCUCUUAAUAAAUGAGCAGGAACUAGAUGAACGUUUGUCUCCUCUUUAUGUGUAGGCGGUUGUAAGUAGGGGAGAGUAUGGGGUCCAGGGACCUGGAGGCAAUUGCUGGCCUCAAAUGGCUGGCAUGAUACCAUCUUCACGUGAUGAGGUAUUAUUUCCAAUAAAUUUAAUGACAAAAUGCGAAAUUUUUGUGUGCUUGUUUCAGCUGUUUACUUCUUGCAGAUUGACAAACUUUUAUUUGAAACUGACUGUCAGUGUAAGCAUUGCUCGCUCAAUACAUUUAUGGAUGUUUAGUGAAGAGCGUUCCCGUAGAUGCUGCUCUCAAUUCUUGAAAAUCAUAAAAAAAAUCCUUGAUGUUCAAAUUUUUAUGGCGUUCGUUUUGGUUAUAGGACAUUCCUGCCCCUGGAAAUCAUAUUAUUUUUAUCCAACACACAACCUGUCCAGUCGUUAAUUCUGUCCAAUUCAUCUAUCCAAAAUGUGAUGGCCGUAAAAUUGGCCUUACCAUUCCACGGCCACAUGAAUGCAAAAGGUGGUGUAACAGCAUGCAAUGUGAAUAAUAAAGAACAGCCAUCCUCCAAAUAUUACGAAAUUCUCUGUACAACUAUAAGAGAACUUUGUUUCAUUUGAGACACAUUUAAAAAUAUUUUCUUAACGGAUAAUCUGAUCCGAUCAAGUGUUUUAUCUUUGAUAUGAAUAAUCUUAUCCGUAUUUGAAGUAUAUUAGAUAAGAAUCUAUAAAAAAGCUGAAAAUGUGGGAACGCUGUGAUUCUACUAGUAUCGCUUUAAUCUUGCAUGCGAAAUUAAUAAAGUGCAAAGUGUGCUGAUGUAAAAUUUUCAAUGCCUUCUCAAUGUUAUAUAUUAUUGAGGAAAAAACGAUCCCACCUUUGUGAGAAACUUUUCUGUAGGUUUAUUGAGAAAAAACGGUCCCGCCUUUGAGUUCCCAAUCAGAAGUUAUUGACACUAAUCAACAUCUCGUUUUAGCUUUGAGAAUUUAUAUUUUACACUUGACGGCAACUUCAUCUACCUACCUAUGUUUUGUUACAUGGGAUUCUUAACUAGUGAUUUUCAUAUUUAAUGACGUUCAACGUCGAGGGAUUGCAAUUUUUUGAUAAUGCUAUCUUACAAAUAGUAUAGAUCGAAAUAGAAGUUGCAUGUCUGCCUUAUUAUCGUUAUUACAAACUUAUUUCAGUAUUAUAGUAGAUCUCGCCCUUUAAUACAAAUCUGUAACGUUCUCUCGACCUAUUUGAUUCUUCCAGUUUGACUGGGAAGGAGACUUGCGAUUAUCCUAUCCUCAAAGAGACCUUAUAAUCUAUGAAAUGCAUGUCCGUGGAUUCACACGACAUGAUUCAAGUGGGACCAAAUAUCCAGGAACUUAUCUUGGAGUGACAGAGAAGCUUGACCAUUUAAAGGUAUUUGAGUAUAGUUCCAGUAAUUCAUGGGGGCCUUCAAUGUUGGUAACCAUUUGCAAAUAUGCAACUUCACACCUAUGACCUUUGUCUUUCUUUUGACUGGGUACCUAUGCCAUCUGGGGAUAGCCAUUAAUUUGUACAGAGUUCAUUCAUGAAAAAUCUCGGUCACCAUCUGGAAGGAUUUAUUUUCUCAAUUUUUUUAUUUUUUUGUAUAUUUAUGCCUAUAGAUUUUAAAUAUAGAUUCUCAUUCCAAAAAAUUUAUUGAUGGGAAACUUCAGUCAAUAAAAUAGUAAACGUUUCUGUUCAAAAAAUCGGUCGGAGGAUGGGAUAUUUUCUUACCUGUUAUUGUUGAAGGACAUGUUGGACGAUGUAUGUGCGUGCACACAUGUUCAUUCCAUGUUUUUUCAUUCAAAUUUUAUUAUCUUUCUUGAAUUACUCGAUGAUCGCGUAUUAAUGCCGAGUUUCAUGAAUAUAAUUCCAUUCAAAUAUAUCCCACCUUUCGCUUCAGAAAAAAAUAGGCGAUGAAUAAGGGGAAACUAAGUUGGAAGUUACUAAGAUUGGCUGUUUUCUCUAUUGAUUAUGCAUGUUUCUUUCAUGAAGUUUCACUUAUAACUUCAAAACUAAUAACUUCCUGAAUAAGUUGGAAACUAAAAGAGGCAAAAGAGUCGGAAGAUGAUACUCUGCUUCCAAAGAAAAAAAUAUUUGUAUACUUAUGACUAUAAAAAGGACACAAUCAAUCAGGAUCAGCACUGUCCCUAUGAAAUAAAUACUUUAGGUGGACCUUGUGCAAUAAUAUAUUAUAUAUUAAUAUGUUUAUAUUGUAAUUACAUGGGUUGCAUGGAAAUUCCUAUCUAUUUAUCUGUAAAAUCUCAAAAAUUCCUAUUUUACCAACUUUUAGGGCUCCUGGCUUUAGACCAUACUUGUUUCGUUGUUUCUCAGCUAGCUUUGAAAAUUUCUUUCGUGCUCAUAUCACCUGUUAACUUUGCGAAUUCAACAGGAGCUUGGGGUCAACUGUAUAGAGCUAAUGCCUUGCCAUGAAUUUAAUGAACUCGAGUACUUCAGCUAUAAUUCUGCCACAGGAGAAAACAAGUAGGUCCACUACUCACAGAGAAUUAUUUUCCUUUGUGGAUUCUGUAUAUAGUAUUUUUGCAAUCCAGAAAUUCCUCAUAAACUAGAACUUGUUUAGUUUUUUUAGUUUACUGAAUUUAUAAUUUAGACCGUAUUAACAACUGGCGGAUACAGUAAUAUCGUAAAAAGUAUACACCAUCACUCUCACAGCACAAGGUACUCAGCGUGGGAUUGGUAUGAUAUGCUAUUAGUUACUUGCUUAGAAUUUCAAAGAUACCCAGUCUGAUAAAACAUAUAUCUAAAUGUAAUUUAAUCUGCUCAAUCCAAAAAAAAACAACUAGCGAGAUAAGAGGAAACAGAGAUAUACCUCCUUAACUUGUUCAAGCAGUUCUAUACCUCAGCUUCCAAGAGAUCAUAUAAGAAAUGAAGCGCAUUAAUUUCUCCUUUUUGGACAAUGACAACUUAAAUUAAAAAUGAAGCACGUAUAUCUGUAGAUGAUUCCAUUCAAGAUGGUGUAAUCAAUAUUUCUCAGAUAAUCAUUUCACUUGGAUGAUUCCAUUCUCUUUGUGCAAAGGGACUUCUAUCUUAGGACAAGGAUAAAUAUGACCGCUUGAUUGUGACUGACGUACUAGUCUUUUUCUUUUUAUUGGUCAGGUUUAACUUCUGGGGUUAUUCAACAGUCAAUUUCUUUUCACCAAUGAUAAGGUAUUCAUCAGCUGGCUUGGGCAAUUGUGGCCUUGAUGCGAUAAAUGAAUUUAAGUUUCUUGUCAGAGAAGCCCAUAAACGUGGAAUAGAGGUAAGCCUCAUAACAUUAUCAAAAUGGGCUUAUGAGGGUUUUUGCUCGGGUUAGAGACAGUGUUGCUGUUUCAAAAUGCGAGUGGAUUAUUUAGUGAUGAACCUUGUAUUUCAGGUGCUCUUGGAUGUUGUCUUUAAUCACACAGCUGAAGGGAAUGAGAGAGGCCCCAUUUUUUCAUUUCGAGGUCUUGAUAACAGUGUAUAUUAUAUGAUUGCACCCAAGGUACCUUUGGAAUUUUUACUUCGUGGGCUAUCACUCAGGGAACUUACACUGACGGCUUUUUUUUUUUCCUUGGUUCCAUUUUGAUAUGUCCAGAUUUCAUGAUCUAUGUUGAAGCCAUUAAUUUUUUGAAAUGAAAUGUACUCUAUUUAUUUUUUUAUUGAAUAUAAAUUAUCUAUUAAUUUACCCCAUUACAGUGUGUAUUAAUGAAAUGCGCUCCAUUAAUUUAUGUUUUUUUUCCCAUUACUUUCUCCUCUGAUACUGUAUUGUAUUGUAUUUUUUGAAUGUUGGAACUACAGGGAGAGUUCUACAACUACUCAGGCUGCGGAAACACUUUCAAUUGUAAUCAUCCUAUAGUUCGACAGUUUAUAGUGGACUGUCUAAGGUCGAUUUCAAUAACUGACUUUAAAGAGUCAUACUGCUUUCUGAUAGCACUGAUUUUUAUGUUCUUUACAUAAUUUCAUAUUAUUAUUGUAACUUUUUGUUGCACCGACUGCAUUUGCUGAAGUUUUCUGUUAGUAACUUGAGGGAAUCAUUAGUUUUGUGCAAAUAAAAUAUUGAGAGCAAUAAUAGGCUGAUCCUAAUAAAGUGGGUGUAUUGAAAACAUUUCUUCUAUCUAUUCAGUCUCCUUACAGUGCAGAUAUUAUUCGCAUUUAGAUAGCUUCAACUCAUAUUAAAUUCAAUAAAUUUACUUAUUUAACUUUCCUCUUCUUUCUUAUGUCAUCUAUUGGGACGUUUGCAUUAUGCAAUAGAUACUGGGUGAUCGAAAUGCAUGUCGAUGGAUUUCGUUUCGAUCUUGCAUCUAUUAUGACCAGGGCUUCCAGGUUUUUCUUCUCUUUUCCCUAUCUUUUCCUGCCUUUCUUUGUCCCAAGCUUAUCGCUCAUAAUUUUUUCUCUUGAUUCUGUUAGCCUUUGGGAUGCCACUAAUGUACACGGAAAUCCAAUUGAAGGUGACAAUAUAACCACUGGAACUCCCCUGAGUAACCCUCCAUUAAUUGAAAUGAUUAGCGAUGAUCCAAUUCUAAGUAAAGUCAAGGUAAAUUUUCUCUUUCAUAUGUGUUCGAUUCUUCUCAGUUUUUAAUGGCCAAGUCGAGUAGUCCAACGGAGAAACAUCUUGUGAAUGAUUUUAUUUCAUUCCUAAUGCUUUUCAAUUUCAUGGUUGCUACCAUCUUUUCAUACGCUUUCGUUACUUUCCCCAAGAGAGAACCCUUAACGUGAGCAUGGGACCAGAUAAGAUCAACGUUGGAUAUUUCGAUAUUUGUUGGUUGCAUCAGGGGAUGCAAGGGAGGAAGAUGAGGCCUUAUGUCCUAGAGAAUGCAUGGAGCAACCUGAGAAUGCAUGGGAACGAUUUGUGAAUCAUAGUCGUGCUUGACAGAGUGGUCUAAGAGAUACUGUGGGAAAUAGACUGAAACUUCUGCCUCACCAUUAGUGAUAUCAGGUGGACACCUAUUUGAGAGAAGAUUAACCUCCUAGUUUUCCUCGUUUUUUCUCUGAGAAACUUUGUUGGUGUCUUUGGCUUUUGCUUCAGUAGAUAUAGAGUGUCCCCAGGUGGUUGUGGUUCGAAGCUGACUGUGCUACACUUCCAUGAUCUUUUCACUCUCCAUUUGUCAAGUGCCUCUGCCCUGGCUGUUCCCCAUCUCAAAAAGUAGUAGUGGUAACGGUGGGCCCAACUGUCCUUCGGUGGUGGGCCAGUCAUCCCCAAUCGCUCAUUUUACCGUAACUGAUGUUUAGUGACCUACAUACACCUCGGAUAUUCAGUCUCAUUUGGAGGGAUAUGCAGGCUUUAUAGAAGUAUAUCAUCUCUUAUUUCUUUUCAUUUAUGCACGUCGAAAUUAUAAUGAUAUUUUUCUCUAACCUUUGAGACAGCUUAUUGCUGAAGCAUGGGAUGCUGGGGGUCUCUACCAAGUUGGCAAGUUUCCUCACGGGGGUGUAUGGUCAGAAUGGAAUGGACAGGUCUGCUGUAUUUUCCUUUGUUUCUUUGCAUCUCAACAAAAAGCAUCGGAGACAGAAACUAGGACAAUAGGCCCAUGGUUAAAUAAUUCUUUGGUAUUUUUGUUAUUUUUGGAUUUUUUGUGCAUCUGUUUUUUCAUAUGAUUUAGUACUGAAUUCUGGUUAUGGAUGAUAAACUUGAAGAACCAGUCAACUUGAAUACUCAUCCAGGAUUUAUAGAAAAGUGUAAUUCAUUUGCUUUAUUGGUUACCUAUUAGGAUUUGUGACACUGAUUCCAUUACGGCGAUUCCCUCUGUUGUAUAAGAUUCUUAUAUUGAACAUACCUAAUUCGAUAAUUUUUUAACUGUCCCAUCUUUUUAACUCCCUUAGUCGCUUCUUGUGUUGACUUUUUUUUACGCCUCCAGACAACGUCGAACGUUCAUUAGACUUUUUUCUCUAAUUUUUCCACGGCUCUUAUUCUUCUAAUGAAGUCAUUUGAUGAACAGUCCCUUUUUGUCUUCUCAUGUCUGAACAUUCUCAUUUCAAUCACACUCGAUAUGCUUUAAUUACCCCACACGGAUGACGAUGCUUUGUGUGUGUGUGUGUGGGUGGGAACAUAAUUAUAUGUGAAGUAUAUACACCUCUCAUAUGUCAUAAUUUUCAUCUUCUCCAUUGUAAUUUUUCAGUAUCGGGAUGUAGUACGACAGUUUAUAAAAGGAACAAAUGGGUUCUCCGGGGCUUUUGCUAAAUGCAUUUGUGGGAGCCCCAAUCUAUACCAGGUGAUCACAUACAUCAUUGCUUGCACAUGUUAACUACCUUCUUUCUAAGACUGAACCCAUAGCUCUUACGGUUUAUCGUCCCUUGCUGCAUUCUAUAGUUGGCCAUCACACGCGCAAUUCUUGUUCCUGAAGUUUAGUUCAGAUUUAAUUAUUUUCUGUCAUUUAUUGUAAAUGCAGCCCUUGUCAAAAUCCGAAUGCUAUGUCACGAGGUCAACUUUGAAUGGCCUGUGGAUCAAACUUUUCUUAUUUAAAUGCUUCAGCAUCGUUCCGAUCUUGCUGAAUUCUAAAAUUCUGUUAAUCUGCUGGCACACUAAUUGUGACUUCAGUCGUAUACUGUUAAAAUUCUCUCUACUUUGUCUUUUAAAGGCCACGAACUGGUUGUACAGCUAAAUAAAACAUGGAUUCUCGCAUAGGAUAUCCCUCGAGGGAUCAAUCAUUUCUUUUAUUUCCAGUCUCGGGUAUUCUGUGUUCUCACAUUUUUGGCACAUUUUCAUAGCUUGGGGGAUCAUCCACCCUUGAUAACAUUCAACAAAACCCCUACUAUGUUCUGCAACUUUCCCUUUCUUUGUUGUACGGGGAGGAUUAUUUGAACCAGGUUGAUAUGAUUUUCGCUGACUAUGCUCUUUUCUUUUCCUCGACGAUGCUCCAUACCAGGAUGGGGGGAGAAAACCAUGGAACAGCGUUAACUUCGUGUGUGCCCACGAUGGAUUCACGCUUGCGGAUUUAGUGACGUACAACAGAAAGAAUAAUUUAUCUAAUGGGGAAAACAACAACGAUGGUGAGAACCAUAAUAACAGCUGGAACUGCGGACAGGUAAAUCCUGCUGACCCUACCUUCCUGUUUUAAUUCUUCAUGGCUCGUAGCAUCGCUAGCACAUUUGCUAUUUUAGUUCAUCCUGUACCCAAUAUAACUUCCGCAAGAACUCGUCAAAUCAGAUCCAUAGAAAAACGUCGGUAAGUGGGUUCUCAUGAUGAGUGGAAAAGGCUCUUGGAAUACUUUGAAUCGUAGGCAGAUACAGAAGCCUCCAUUCCUGUUCUAUUUAAGCAUUUGUAAAGUUGAAUCCUCCUCCUUGUUAACCGGCCAUUUCGCUUUCCCUCUGAGAGUGACACACACUCAACCAUACCGACAAUCACAAGCCCCCCUCGCUCCUCCCCCCAACUCCAACGACGCUAAAUUGUUUCUGACCGUGAUUUAUUGUACAAAAAACAAUGCAGGAGGGAGAAACAGCUGCGUUGCCCGUCUUAAGGUUGAGGAAGAGACAGAUGCGGAAUUUCUUCCUCUGUCUCAUGGUCUCCCAGGUAACCACCGGCCGUGUCGAGAACCGCCUCUCUUUUCAUCCAUAGAAGCCAUCUCCCAGAAACUCCCUACUCGGGGAGAAGGCUGGAGAUUGGCGCGCUGCGCUCACCCCCCUGAUCUUUCUGUAAUCCGUCCCCUCCUGUGGUUCCUGAUGGUCUUGUGUAAAUAAAUAAAAAUGGCCAGGGCGUGCCGAUGAUCCUCAUGGGCGACGAGUACGGCCACACAAAGGGCGGCAACAACAACACCUACUGCCACGAUAACUACGUACUCCCUCUCUCCUUCCCUCGAUGCGUCCGCCAUCACAUCUUCCUCUAACUUGGUGCCCUCGAUGCAGCUCAACUAUUUCCGGUGGGAUCAGAAGGAAGAGUCCUCCCGGGACUUGUUCAGGUUUUGCCGCCUCAUGACCCAAUUUCGCCAGUAAGUGAAGCCCCACCGUCUUCUUCUUCUUCUUCUUCUUCCUCCUCUUCCACCUCUCAGAGGGCGUGGAUUCUGACCCGUCGACGGUGCAGAGAAUGCGAGUCCCUCGGUCUGAACGACUUCCCGACGGCGGAGAGGUUGCAGUGGCACGGCCUCCUUGCCGGGAAGCCGGACUGGUCGGAAACCAGCCGCAUCGUGGCCUUCUCACUGGUACCGCUCCACUUCCCCCCAGCACCUCCUCCAUCUUUUCUUCUUCGGGUUGGACGUCGUUUAACCCCCCCCCCCCCUAUCAUCCUUGAACAGAGGGACUCGGUGAAGGGAGAGAUCUAUGUCGCCUUCAACGCCAGCCACCUCCCGGUGACGGUGGCGCUGCCGGAGCGCCCGGGCCAGCGGUGGGAGCCCCUGGUCGACACCGGCAAGGCCGCCCCCUACGACUUCCUCGCCGACGACCUCCCUGACCGAGACGGCGCCUCCCGACAGUUCGCCCACUUCCUCGACGCCAAUCUCUACCCCAUGCUCAGCUACUCCUCUGUCAUCCUCUUACUGCACCCCGACUCUACAGCAGCCUGA